AUGCCUAUUAGCUAUACUUGGAGAGACGAAGCUGACCCCAGGGGCCGUAUAUCCGAGGGGCGCAAAGGCGCAGCCAUUCAUCGGAUUGAGCAGUCGUGUCUGGAUUCACAACAACGUGCUCGGGUGGUACGUUGCGACGUUACCUUCGGUGCAGGUGACAAUUUCCGGUACAACUGUUUUACUCGUUCUGGUACCAUGAUUGGUGGAGGCGCGGCUAAAUGUGGCAAGCCUCGCGAGGCUCCCAAGCCUUCCAGGGGUGGUGGUGGUGGUGGUAAGCCGAAGCCGGGCAAGCCUUGCAAGAAGGGUUCGCCGGGCUGUGCUGUGAUGCGGCGGUAA